AUGUCUUCACCACGCAACCGCCCUCUCGCCCACCUUGUCCAGAACAUCAUUACGACACCAUGUGCUCCGCUCAACAUCACCUGGACCGACGGAACCCCUCCCUUCAACGUCACAAUAUCCGCGGACAACUUCAAGGUAGUCCAGAAGUCGAACGUCACGGACCACAGCGUUCUGUGGCUCGUCAACGCGUAUUUCACGAAUGGAGACGACACCGUUCUCAAGGUGGAUGUGGAGGACCAGGCGUCUUCUCAUUCGUCCACAUGGAUAACCGUUAAGUCUUUCCCUCCGCCCGUCGGCAUUGGCUGUCUCCUGCCCCCCACCGGCCUCCCUCGCACGCCAAACAACCUGGCGGCGGCGGGGAACGCCUCCUCUUCGCCACAAGGCAUGAGCCCAGGAGCCACCGCUGGGCUCGCCAUCGGCGUCGCGGUCGGUUCGUUCGUGCUCGCCGUGGCUUUGACCCUGAUCGUCGUCAGGCGGCAGAAAAGAGCUCGUGGUGGAAACGACGUUCCUUCCGACUUCAGCCUGCAACCGCUCGCGGUGCCAUCAUCUCGCGCGUCAAUGGGGGAUGCAGAGCGGACCGCAGCGCUGGGCGGCAAGUUCGUGCGGCUGUGA